UCCGUAUAGAAGUCGGUAGCGUUUGUGUCUCCACCCAGAGCGGAUCAGUGCGGACUGUCUGUGGAACUGCUCGCGGUUCGGGCUCGGUUCUGCCGCCGGAGAGCUCUGGAUGGAAUAAUCCGGAUCUGAACUCGGAUUCCCGGUGGUUUAGGAUCGGGACCGGUUCUGGUUAGUGGGGGAUUGUUAGCGUGUUUGUGGCGGAUCCGGUCCAGAGGGACCCCGGGAUACAGCGGCCGUACUCCGGGCGGACUGACGGGCUGUGGGAGGGAUGUCCGGUUAUUCGGAGGCGUCCGGCGCCGGACGGGGUGGAGGGGGCGGAGUGGACCCCUGCCGGAGGAGCAGGUCGGUAGGUCUGGGUACCGACCUGUCCAUGCUGGAGGUGGAGCGUCUGCAGGUGGAGGUGGCUGAGCUGAGGAAGGAGGUGGCCAGGCUGCGGUCGGAGCAACGGCAGGGAGGGAUGGUGGAGAUCAAAGCUGAGGAAGUGGAGCAUGCCAUCACUCCAUCGUUCGGCUGUACGAGUGAAGAUCUGGUAGUUGUACAGGUCGACGAAAACACCAACAGCUGUGAAAAAAAUAUAAAUAAUGAAAACAACGAAAUCGUUGAAAGUAGUGAAGCGUUUGAGAGUAAUGAAAUAAUUGAAACCAGUGAAAACAGUGAAGGAGGUGAAAGCAUCAGUGGAGACCAAGACCUGCCACUCCCUAAGAUGGAGGUAGAGCCCUCUCUGAGUAAGCUGUGCGAACUCGAAACCAACACCGUCCAAACCCAGUACGAACCUCGUCUCCCGAUGGGCCUGAUGGGAUUUCCCAUAAUCUGUAAAGAAGAACCAGUAGAAGAAAUCCUCCCAGUACACGAUAUCGGACUCCAGGAGGUCGUCCAGAACCUGUUCAAGACCUGCUCAGCCGGACUCAUCGACUUCAAAGCCAUACCGGACCUGAACGGAGACGUGAAAGAGGAAAUACCAAUGAUAGAUAACGGAAGUGAUGAGACCGAAGAGGACAACGAAGACGGCGAGGACGAUGAAGAGGAUGAGGAUUUCGUUCCUACAGGUGACUUCCGACACCCGUACUCUGAAAUGGGGGGCAUGCCUUUCCCGCCGAUAGACGGGCCGGACCACCGGCCGAGGCGGAACUCGGCGAGUCCCCGGUAUCAGCAGCAGCAGCAGCAGGGCGUCGGCGACGGGGACGUGCCGUACUGCUGCUCCAUGUGCGACCAGAGCUUCACCCUGCACUCGGACUUCCUCAAACACCUGGAGGUUCACAAGGAGGAGAAGCCUCACCACUGCGACCAGUGCGGAGAGGGUUUCACCACGCUGUUCAGACUGCAGUCCCACAUGAAGGCUCACGCCGGCGAGAACGACUUCACCUGCUCCGUGUGCGGCAAGCAGUUCCUGCAGGCGCUGAACCUCCGGAUUCACAUGAGGAUCCACUCCGGCGAGAAGCCGUACGCCUGCCACGUCUGCGGCAAGAGCUUCUGCCAGCCGUCCGCCUACCGGCGCCACCAGCGGGUGCACACCGGGGAGAAACCGUACCAGUGCGGCGACUGCGGCAAGCAGUUCGCCAGAGCGUCCAUGCUGAAGAUCCACCAGACAAUUCAUACCGGAGAGAAGCCGUUCGGCUGCCCGGUCUGCGGCAAGGAGUUCUCCCAGGCGCUGUACCUGAAGAGCCACUGGCGGGUCCACACCGGCGAGAGACCCUACAACUGCCCCAUCUGCGGGCGAGACUUCUCCCACCUGUCCUCCCUCCGCCGGCACCAGAUAGUUCAUACCGGCAAGAAGCCCUACCAGUGCGGCGAGUGUGGCAAGCAGUUCACCAGAGCCUCCAAGCUGAAGAUGCACCAGAGGUUACAUUCUGUAGAGAAGGCUUUCACACUCUGCCCGGACUUAUCUGUGCAACAUGCAAACCAAGGAGAGUCUGCGGUACCGUAUUCAGGCGAUGUGGCGGUAAAAGAACAUUGUAUCCUGACUGAUUAUAUAUAGAAACUAUAUCCUCAUGAUGCACGAUAUUUAUCAGAAUUAGAUUUUUUUUAAUGCACACAUAAAAAGGUAAAAGGCAGCAGAGCAAAAUCUUAUCAAAUUUUAUCCAAAUACAACCCAAUGCAGUUUAAUACAUCUUUUUUUUUGCAUCGGAUGCAUUUCAUCCAAUUCAUCAAGAAUAGUAGUUAAAAAAAAGUAGUUGUGCGUUUGGCAAUAUACUAAAAAUAUGCUCAGAAAUAAAUGUAUAACGUAUAUCACUUUAAAAUUAAAAACAAAUUGCCCACUCCUAAUGUAGGGCCUGAUUCUUUUAAACAAGUAUUUUAAAGUAUUCAAACAGUUUUUGCCUUUGGUUGGAGGGAAAAUAGACUAAUUUCUUGCAUGAACUUUUAUGUUAUGCCUUAUCUUUGACCAGAGAACGAUGCCACAAUAAAAGUCCCCAUUCUGAAUCGGUAUAAAACCAGUGUAAACGGUCGGCCAAUUUUUAAAAACAUUUUUAACAUUGAUACAGAUGUAGAAAUUCAAACUCAGUUGACAUUAUUCAGUGAGAAAAUGCAAAAUAUAUUUCUGUAGAAUUAUAAUCACAAAUAAAGUAAGGGAAUUCUGUAGGUUUAAGUUCAGUUCAGUUUCAGUUCAGUUUCAGUUUAAGGGUUAAAACAUGGUGUCAUCCAAUCAAAUCCAGUUCUAUUAAAGAAUAAUACAACUUGAUUCAUCUCCAUUACCUAUAAAAUUGAUAAUCUACUGAAUUCCUGUAUUUUAAAUUUGUCAUUUCUGCUUUUGCCUUUCUGAAUCUGCAGUUAUAAACAGAUAUUACAGAUUAUUUUUUUUUUAACGGUUGUUUGUUUUUUAAUAUGAAUUAUUUGUUUUUUUAACGUUGUCCUGUCAGGUUCACACUUGUUUAAUGAAAUUGUUUAUAUUGUUAAUUAUUGUUGAAAUUAUUAUUAUAAUUAUUAAUUAAGCCUCAUAGGUACUGAAUCUAAACUAAAACUAAAACUGCUGUUUUGGGAGUUACGAAUUAUUAUUUCAUUUUGUUUCAUUUGUUUGCACAAAAAUGCUAAGAAUAGUUGAGCAAAGCAGUUUAAAUAUGCAACCGUUUUUGAUAAAUCUCUGUAAUUAAUGAAUGCAUGCAUUGGUGGAGGUCCUGUGCAGUUCGGUUGAUUAUUUUUCGCAGUAUUUAAAGAAAUGUUGUUUUGGUUUCGAUUGUUUUUCACAGGGUGAAAAGAAAACACAUGGUGAUAAUUGUACGUUUUUGAGGAUUUUUGUAACUGCACACGUUAACGCUGUAGUUUCGACUGAGAAUUCAUACCGGAUAGAAACCUUUUCCUUGUUUUUUCUUAGGAAAAGACUCUGAUCCAUCCACCAAUAAUUAGCACAAAGCUUUGCUGUUUUGUCAAAAUUAAUGUUUGGAUCAGUAAUUCCUACCGAGGCAGAGCACCACCACUAUGGGCACCAGUAAAUACACACUGGAGAACAUCUCAAGUCUCAAAUAUCUGCUGGUUCUCUAAGUUUUAAGCCAGUUUUGUUUGGGUUUGUUUAAGCUUCACUGUUGCAAUGUUAAUUCAUACACAACAUGUUUGUACCAGUGAAUUCAUACUGGAGAAAAGCUCUGCUGUUGACCAACAUUCAAGGUCAUUCAAGUCUUACUGAAAACAAGCCCUUCCAUUAAUUCAUACCGUGGACUAACCCUACCAAUAUUGAGCUGCAGUGAAUACAUCCUGGAUCUGCUGUUGGAGCAAUCUGCUGUUGCUCUAAUUUGUAAGUAAGCUUUGAUUGCUGAAGCGUCACAGGAACUUUUAACAUAAUCAAUUCAUACCGAGGAUGAGCCAUAUCAGUAAAUAACGUCAGUAAAUACAUACUGGAAAACACGCCUGCUAUGUUAAGUCUGAGUGAGGUCUGUAAAGCUGCUUUCCAAUGCAAAAAGUACUUUUCUGGGAAAAUUCGAAAUUUAAGAAAUUAAGAAUUGUUUACAGAUUGAUUUCCCAGUUUUAUCGUAAAAUUAGCAAAUUAUUAAUCAGUCAGAUAAUUUUAUGGUGUCUGAUGUUUUACACUGGAGGGGAUGUAACUAACAACAGUAGUGUUAGCUACAAGUACCGGUUACCAACUCGCUUUCACUUCUUUGUUUUUGAUGUAAAAAUAACGCAGGAUAACGUUGGCUUUAACGAAAAGAUAAUCAACGUUUUUUGUGUUUUUACUUGUGUUUGAAAAGGGAUACUGUUUUUUUGUGUCUCUGUGUAAUUUUUUAUCAUUUUUAUUGUUGCGUUCAAGGCUUAUUUGUGCAUUAUGUUAUUUUGCGAUGUUUCGAAUUGUUCGUGGGAAAAAGCCGUAAACUUGGUCAGGCCUUCCAGGAUGAAACUAUAAGAACUGAUUAAAUUAAUAUGAUGAAAUGUUCAAAA